CGAUUCUAGCGCGCCGAGCCAGCACGAAUUACUCGACGAUUCCAAGCCUCGAUGGAUCGAAGCAAGAUUGCGAGGGAAAGGGAGAGAUUGAACUCAAAUAUAUCGGUGGGAUGGAUCUUAGCUUCGUCAAGGAGAACGAGACGGUGGCUUGCAGCGCGCUGGUGGUGAUCGACGCGGUCACAAUGGCGACAGUGUACGAGGAUUUGGAGAUCGUCUCGCUCGACAUGCCUUACAUUCCAGGGUUCCUGGCCUUCCGUGAGAGCCCGGCGCUGCUCAGUCUCCUCGCGCGGAUGAAAUCCUCGCGGCCAGAGAUCUUCCCGCAGCUGCUCAUGGUGGACGGGAAUGGCGUGCUUCACCCGCGAGGAUUCGGGCUCGCGAGCCAUUUGGGUGUUCUUGCCGAUGUUCCAACGCUGGGAAUCGCCAAGUCGUUGUUCGAGGUGGACGGGCUCUCCGAGAGGGAGGUGAAGAGGAGCGCCAGGAAUUCGCUGCUGCGAGCUGGGGACGCCAUGGAUCUGGUGGGGCGAUCGGGCAAGGUUUGGGGAUCGGCGCUGCGGAGCACCGGAGAGUGCGUGCAUCCAGUGUUUGUGUCGACCGGGCAUAGGAUUUCGCUGGAGACUGGCGUGGAGAUUGUGAGAAAGCUGUGCAAAUUUAGGGUUCCUGAGCCUGUGAGGCUGGCUGACAAGAAAUCGCGAGAGUAUCUCAGGGUUAAUGGAUACACAAAAAGCUAGGAAUCUAUAAUUU